AUGCGAGAGAUGGGCAUCCAAUUGCUUAGAGGGAUCUCAAAAUCUCUGGGGCUUGAAGAAUGCUACAUAGAAAAGAAAAUGAAGUUGGAAUCUGGCUACAAUAUUUUGGGACCAAAUUUCUGUCAAUCUCUGUCGCGUUGCUCGGAUGAUAAGAAUCAGAUUGGGCAGUUUCCUCAUCGAGACCCUGGUUUGCUUGUGCUCAUCGCACAAAACGUGGGUGGGGGGCUUCAGAUAAAGAACCAAGGGAAGUGGCUCAAUGCAGAUUUUGCUCCUAGUUCCAUUGGUGUCCUUGUUGCUGACCAUAUAGAGAUUCUUACCAAUGGGAAGUACAAGAGCUUGUUGCAUCGGGUGGCUUUAAACACAGAAGUGGAAAGGUCGAGUUUACCCUUCUUCUUUGGACCAUCAUUGGACGCAACUGUGAAGCCUGAACCAGAGUUUGUAGACGAACAUAACCCACCCUCUUAUCGUCAAAUGACUUACAAAGAAUACUUGGAAUCCAAUUCUCAGUACCAUGUGAUCGAAGCAAAAGCAAACUUGAUCAAUGAGGCUCUGCUCUAG